AUGGCUCCAACUGCUUACUCAGACUUGACCAAGGCUUCAAAUGACUUGUUGAACAAGGACUUCUACCACUUGUCUACUGCUGCUAUUGACGUCAAAACCAUUGCCCCCAACGGCGUUGCCUUCACCGUUAAGGGUAAAACCACCAAAGACGACAAGAUUUCCGCCUCAGUCGAUGCUAAGCACGUUGACAAAUCUACCGGCUUGACUUUGACCCAAGGCUGGAACAAUGCCAAUGUCUUGUCCACCAAGAUUGAGUUGGCCGAGUUGUUGACCCCCGGCUUGAAAGGGGAGUUGGACACCUCCAUCGUGCCCAAUGGUGCUAGAAACGCCAAGUUGAACUUUUUUUACCAACAAUCUGCCGUUAACGCCAGACUCUUUUUUGACUUGUUGAAGGGCCCAAUUGCUACUGCUGAUUUGGUUGUUGCCCAAGAUGGUUUCUCAGCCGGUGCCGAGUUGGGCUACGACAUCUCCAGCGCCAAAGUCAACAAGUACUCUGUCGGUGUUGGCUUUGCUAACUUGACCUACAGCUUGGCCGCCACGGCCACUUCCAACUUGUCGGUCUUCUCCGCUGCCUACUACCACAGGGUCUCCCCCUUGGUUGAAGUUGGUGCCAAAACCACUUGGGACUCAGUCAAGUCUUCAAACGUCAAUGUCGAGUUUGCCACUAAAUACGCCUUGGACAAGUCUGCCUUCAUCAAGGCCAAGAUUGCCGACUCUGGUUUGACUGCUUUGAGCUACACUCAAGAAUUGAGACCUGGCGUCAAAUUGGGCUUGGGUGCUUCCUUCGAUGCCUUGAAAUUGGCUGAACCUGUCCACAAAUUGGGCUUCUCAUUGUCAUUCACUGCUUAA